UUUAAUGCGAAAAUAGAAUCAUACUCGAAGUGAAUUUAUGGUCAAAUAUUCUCCAUGCGCGACGCACGUGAGAUGCCGGUCAAAAGCCAGUUGGCGACCAAGGUGCUAAGGUGGGCCCCGUCCUUCAUUAUUUAACCCCCAACCUCAUGCACUGAUUUUUCCAUCCCAUCUCAACUACUGAACGACUUGAUUCAUCGAUCUCGAACCAACUCUCCAGCUGCCGGAAAUGGACAUCAAAGAAGCAAUCAGAAACCAUGGCGACGUCGCCAUGGCCAUCACCAAGCGCAUUCUCCAACACGACGAAGCCAAGGCUUCCAACGUUGUCAUCUCGCCCUUGUCAAUCUACGUGCUUCUCAGCCUUGUCGCUGCUGGUUCCAAGGGCCCCCCGCUGGAUCAACUUCUGUCCUUCCUCAAAUCAAACUCCAUCCACAACCUCAACGCCUUCGCUUCUCAUAUCAUAGACAAGGUCUUCGCCGAUGCCUCUUCCUGCGGCGGACCUUGCCUUGCAUUUGCCAAUGGCGUUUGGAUCGAUCAAUCACUUUCUCUCAAGCCUUCUUUCCAACAGGUUGUCGACAAAUAUUACAAGGCUAUGCUCAGUCAAGUCAAUUUCAAACAGGCUGACGAAGUGAUCUCGGAAGUGAACUCAUGGGUUGAAAGAAACACGUAUGGACUUAUCAAAGAGAUUCUUUCCCCUGGAUCAGUGUGUAGUUCCACUCAGCUCAUCCUUGCGAAUGCACUCUACUUCAAAGCGGCAUGGCAGCAGGCAUUUGAUGCUUCGAAAACAGUGAAGCGUGAUUUCUACCUUGUUGAUGGGAGCUCAGUUGAAGCGCCCUUUAUGUCCGGCAAGAAGGACCAAUAUGUAGCUGUGUUCGAUGGGUUUAAGGUUCUUGCAUUGCCGUACAGUCAAGGUCCUGACCCGCGUCGUUUUUCUAUGUACUUCUUUCUCCCAGAUAGCAAGGAUGGACUGGGAAGUUUGAUUGAAAAGUUAGAUUCUGAGCCUGGGUUCAUCGACCGCCAUAUUCCACGUCAAAAACGUGAGCUGUGGGGAUUUAUGAUUCCAAAGUUUAAAAUUUCCUUUGGGAUUGAAGUUUCCAAUGUUUUAAAGAAGUUAGGAUUGGUGUUACCAUUUACCGAAGGAGGGUUGUUAGGAAUGGUGGAGUCCCCAAUGGCUCAAAACCUUCGUGUUUCUAAAAUAUUCCACAGGGCGUUUAUUGAGGUUAAUGAAGAAGGCACAGAAGCUGCAGCUUCUUCAGCUGUUACUAUAAGAAGAGUAAGCAUGCCUAUAAAUAUAAUAGACUUCAUUGCCGACCGCCCGUUCUUGUAUUUGAUCAGGGAAGACAAAUCAGGAACUUUGCUUUUCAUUGGGCAGGUGUUAAACCCUCUCGUCGAUUGAAUAAUACCAAUAGACUGGAGCUAAAGAAUAAACCUAAAUAGCUGCAAUAAAAUCUAGCAACACUUACUUAAUGUUGCUAAAGGAGUGCUUUAGCAUAUCCUAUGAAUAUUAUAAGUAUUAUCUAUAACAUGUUUAAUGUGAUACUCA